AUGGCGACACUCCCAGGCACAGAGUCGGUCCGUUUUCGCUACCCCACGACCGGCCCCAAUGCUCGUGUCCCCAAAGUACCCGAGCCGCCCAAGAAGGACCAGUUUGGGUCGAUGGCGCCGCAGGGGUGGAAGAGGCGGCACCAGGGACUGCUGCAGGAUCAAGUCGGGCGGCAAAACCGAGGCCCGCUCGUUCCCUCAUUAUCGGUCGCAUUCCGGAUGCUAUGGCUCAUCAGGUCAUUAGGCGCCAUGUACAGUAUCAUAUCUGACUGUGAUGAGGUUUUCAACUUCUGGGAGCCGCUGCAUUACUUCCACCACAAUACUGGCUUCCAGACAUGGGAGCUCUCCCCGCAAUUCGCGGUCCGCGGCUGGGCGUAUCUGCUGCUGCACUGGCCAUUUGCGAGGGUGAUACCGCGAAUGCUGGGAUUGACGAAGCGCGGGGAGUUCCUUGCAUUGAGGAUGUUCCUUGCUGCGUUCUCUUCUUUCUGCGAAGCCAAGUUCUACCGCGCUGUCGUGGAUACGGUCAAUGAGCGGGUAGGGCGAUACCUGCUGUUUGGGAUGCUGUUUAGUGCGGGCAUGUUCGGCUCGGCGGUCGCGUUCCUGCCGAGCACAUUCACCAUGUAUACCACUCUCCUGGCGCUUUCGUACGGCUUCCACCCUGCCACCUCGACCGACACUGGCCGGAGCCGUGCGGUCAAAGCAACCGUCUGGACAGCGGCAGGCGCCAUCAUCGGCUGGCCAUUCAGCGCAGCUCUGGGCAUCCCCUUUGUCAUUGAACAGCUGUUCUUGACCGGCGGAGAGAUUGCUACUGGUGGGGCGAGAGAAAGCCUGAGAGCGAAGAGGUUCGGAACGAUGACUUGGGCUGUAGCUCUCGGAGCGACCAUUACAAUCCCUGUCUAUCUUAUAGACUCGUGGGCGUACGGCCGCUCCACCCUCCCCACGCUCAACAUCCUCACCUACAAUCUCUUCUCCAAAGGCGGACCCAACCUCUACGGCACAUCCCCAUGGUACUACUACCUUGCCAACCUCUUCCUCAACUUCAACUUUUUCCUCCCUCUCGCGCUCAUCUCUCUUCCGGCUCUUCUCGUGACGUACCUGUACGACAAUCGGAGACUCGGCAAGAGGCAGCAAAAGCCAGCUCCGGGCGAGACGUCGCCGUAUACUCUUUUGGUCAUGCGGCUGCUGCCGUUCUACAUCUGGCUCGGGAUCAUGUCGGCCCAGCCGCACAAGGAGGAGCGCUUCUUCUUCCCGGCGUACCCGCUCUUGUGCUUUAACGCCGCUGUGGCCGUUUUCCUGGUCAAAGGCUGGGUGGAGACGUACUUUAUCCACCUCACCAAGUCGCCCUACCGAGCGAGCAAAAGCGCCCUCUUCUCCAACAUCUCCCUUUUCCUCGUCCUCUUCCCCGGAGUCCUCUCCCUCGGACGCAUUUGGGCCACCUACAACUUCUACCACGCCCCUCUUGACCUCGCGUUCCACUUCCAGUCCAAAUCCCUCCCCUCGGUUCUCGGCUCUCAAGGCUACGUCCCGCAGAUGCCCCCGAAGGGAUACCAACCCGGUCCCGGAGAGAUCGUCAAGCCCCACUGGGACUAUUCGGCCCUGCUCGACUUGGAACCGCGCGUCAGGCUGUGCUAUGCGGGAGAAUGGUAUCGAUACCCCGGGAGCUACCUCGUGCCGGAUGGCGUCGAUGUCAACCUUAUCAGGACAGAGUUUGACGGGAUGAUGCCCCGUCCUUGGGAGCCGUCUGCGGAGGCUGAGGGUGUCUGGCCGAGGGAAGAGACAAGGACAGUCAGGCUGGGACGGUUCAACGGGGAGAACAAGGCUUCACAGGAGCCGGGCACCUUUGUCGAAGCUGAGCAGUGUGACUACCUCGUUGCGCUCCAGGCACCCUCGCAGACGUACACCAAGCUUGAGCCAGACUGGGUGUCCGACCCGGCAUGGGACGUCGAGAUCUGCCUGCCUUUCCUCGACGGGCCGAGCUCGGCCUGGUGGUCCCGCUUGGUCGACCUGCCCUUUGUCGGCGGUCUGCAAGUCGGGCGUGAGUGGGGCAAGUACUGUCUCCUGAAGCGGAAGAGCGGGCCUUAUGCCUAG